GCUCCCUGGGGCUUGUUUACUGACCCUCCUUAAAGUUGUGCUUUCUGUCUUGGUGAGAGGGCAGUCCCUGCCUCCUUCGCAAAUGUCCUUUGUAGUUUGUAAACGCGGGUCUGACAAACUUUUUUCUGUUUCCUGCAAACUGCUCCCUGCAGUUUUUCAGGUUUUCCUGCUCUGAACACUGAAUUCUUUGACCUCUUCUGUACAUGGGUUCUGCUACAGCUCCAGAGACUUCGUUUCCAAAUUGCUUUUCUGUAAUAGUUCCAUAGUGAAAUUAAUACUGGGGGAAAAGACUAUCCUAAUCUUCUAAUUAAGUAGCAAAAAGAUAACUCCUGUAAAUAUUAUAUGCGGCGAAUCAGGCUUGUUUUGUUAGAUUUGAGAAUACCAGGGCAUGGAUGAUCUGGAUAGAAAGUCAUAUGUUGGCUUCGGAAGAGGUCUGUCAGCACCCGGAUUAAAGCGGAGAUAAUGGGGUGAUUUUGUAAGUGCACAUUCGGAAACAUGUCUUGAGGAGGAGGGCCUGUUUGGGUCAUUGUGAAAAAGAUGCAGCUGAGGUUUGUAGCCUUCAGGAGAAGUGGGGCUUGAUUCUGGCGACACGUGCAGAGCCGGGGACCCCCAACGGCAGGGACCUGGGUGCGGGGCUCCCCUCUUUGUUUUUGUGGCCGGCGUUGUAGCACCUGAUUCCUGUAGAGGUGGCCCAGCCUGGAGUGAUGGCGAAGCAGGAUUCCGCGUAGGCGGAGCCAAGGCCUUGGAGACCAACGUUCGGUUUUCAGUUUUCGCUUCGCCCAGGAAUGGGGAGUUCUUAGCUCUUAUUACGAAACCAAGCGUUCCUAGGGUUCUCCUGUGACCAACACACGCUUUCCAAAUAAACGCGAGGCACGAGCCUCUGCAUUCUAAGGCAGGAAUUCCGAUCCCUCCACGUCCUUUGGAAAACACGAUUUUGAACCUCUCUUGUCCUCACGUUCCUGGGAUUGACUUCUUGCUCAGCUGAGCCAUUCGCCCAAUGGAGACAGAGAGAACUAGCGCUUUUGUGCUGAUUCACAUUUGAAUCACGGCCCUGGGCAACCUGGAUGCCUGUUAGUGGAAAGACCCAGCUACCCUCUCUAUCACUGAGCUUUCCCCAAACGUUGGAGGAUAAGUUAGAGGGAUACACACUUCCUUUUGAACUUUAUGACAAAUAUUUACUCUACAUUUUGAAGCUCAGGGCUGUUGGUGAUUUGAGUGACAAGUCUUGACAAGUGGCCUUAUUACAACUCCAGAAAUUCCCUGGCAGACACUUGAAUUUUCUUUUGUAUCGGACCCUAAAGUGAAAGGAAACAUGCCAACUCAAUCCCUCCUUGUGUACAUGGAUGGGCCGGAAGUCAUCGGGGGUUCUCUAGGCGCUCCGAUGGAGGUGGACGACGCCGUGUCUAUCAAGGGUCCAGCUGCUGUUCCCUUCCGAGCCGCCCAGGAGAAGAACAUCAUCCCCAUGGAAGGCUACAUGCCCUUGGACUGCAUGUUCUGCAACCAGACCUUUACCCAUGCGGAAGACCUCAGUCAGCAUGUGCUCAUGCAGCACCGGCCCACCCUCUGUGAGCCGGCCGUCCUGCGGGUGGAGGCCAAGUUUCUCAGUCCCCUUGAUAAAAGUCAGGUGCGAGCAGAGCCAGCACAGGAGAGCUGCCAAGAAAACGAGGAAUUCAGCUGUGAGGUGUGCGGGCAGACGUUCAGAGUGGCUUUUGAUGUCGAGCUCCACAUGAAGAAGCACAAGGAUUCCUUCACCUAUGGGUGCAGCAUGUGCGGGAGGAGAUUCAAGGAGCCGUGGUUCCUGAAGAACCACAUGCGGACACACAAUGGCAAGUCGGGCACCAGGAGCAAGCUGCAGCAAGGCCUGGAGAGCCCCGUCACCAUCAAUGAGGUGGUCCAGGCACACAUCGCCGAGAGCAUCUCCUCUCCCUACAAGAUCUGCAUGGUCUGUGGCUUCCUCUUCCCUAAUAAGGAGAGUCUGAUUGAGCACAGCAGAGUGCACACCAAAGAAACCACCUUGGUUGCCAGCAGCACGUCCCUAGAUGCCCAGCCGGCGGGCAUGGCCUCUCCGAGGGAAGAGCUGCUGCAGUUUUUGAACUUGAGACCCAAAUCUCAGGCAGAGACCACAAGUAGACCAGUCACCUGCAUACCUCAGCUCGACCCAUUCACCACCUACCAGGCGUGGCAGCUGGCUACCAAAGGAAAGGUUGCCAUCCCCCAAGAGGAGGUGAAAGAGUCAGGCCAAGAAGGAAGCACGGACAACGAUGAUUCGUGCUCAGAGAAAGAGGAGCUUGGAGAGAUUUGGAGUGGGAGUAAGUCGGAAGGUUCUGGAAAGACCAAAACAAACAGAAGCAGUUGUCCGGGAUUCUCACAAGACAAAGACAAGCCCAGACCCGCCGGUGGUGAAGUGCCUUCUGGGGAUGGAGAUCCCAAGUUGCCCAGCAGCAAGCCCACCCACUGCUAUGAGUGCGGCAAAGCCUUCAGAACCUACCACCAACUGGUCCUGCACUCGAGGGUGCACAAGAAGGACAGGAGGGCCGAUGCCCCGUCGCCCACCAUGUCUGUGGAUGGGCGGCAGCCUGGGACCUGCUCCCCAGACCCUGCCACUACAGUGGAUGACGGUGCAGCCGUGGAGCGAGAAGUGGGUUCUGAAGAUGGGUCUGAGGAUGGGCUCCCUGAAGGGCUCCAUUUGGAUAAAAAUGAUGACGGAGGAAAGGUAAAGCAUCUAACGUCCUCGAGAGAGUGUAGUUACUGUGGGAAGUUUUUCCGUUCCAAUUACUACCUCAAUAUUCAUCUCAGAACUCAUACAGGUGAAAAACCGUACAAGUGUGACUUCUGUGACUAUGCGGCAGCCCAGAAGACAUCUCUGAGGUAUCACUUGGAGAGACACCACAAAGACAAGCAUCCAGCUGACGCUGCUGCCGAAGUCAAGAGUGAAGGUAAAAACCAGGAGAUGGAAGAUGCUCUGCUAACUGACAGUGUGCAGACCAAAAAUUUAAAAAGGUUUUUUGAUGGUGCCAAAGAUGUCAAAGGCAGCCCCCCUGCCAAGCAGCCUAAGGAGACGCCCUCUGUCUUCCAGAGUGUUCUGGGCGGUGCUGUCCUCUCACCAGCACAUAAUGAAACUCAGGAUUUAUAUAAAAAUGCAAACGACGAUGGCCAGAAAGUGAGGAAGAGUCCUGCCCCUGCUUAUCUGGACUUGUUGAAAAUGAGGCCAGCAGGUGAGCCUCAGGCCCGCAGCCCUGCCUGUAAAUCAGAAGGAGAUACCAUGGAGACAGAGGACUGCAAAUACAAGCCCAGCACCGCCGACUGCCAGGACAGACCUUUGAAUCUGUCCCUUGGGGCUCUUCAGGCUUGUCCUGCCAUCUCUCUGAGCAAGAGUCUCAUCCCCACCAUCACCUGUCCCUUUUGUACCUUCAAGACCUUUUACCCGGAAGUUCUGAUGAUGCACCAGAGACUGGAGCACAAGUACAACCCCGACUCGCUGAAGAACUGCAGGAGCAAGUCCGUGCUGAGGAAUCGACGCACUGGCUGCCCUCCUGCCCUGCUUGGGAAGGAUGUGCCACCCUUGGCCGGUCUGCAGAAGCCCAAGGCCAAGGCCUCCUUCCCAGCACCCAAGUCCCUGGCAUCAGAGAAGGUACGACAGGGCCCUUCAGGGCCAGGCAAAGCCCCUCAGACUUCAGGGCCCGACUCCAGCACUUUAGCCCCCAGUAACCUGAAGUCAUACAGGCCACAGUCCAGUGCAGGGGGCCCUGGGGCCACCAGGCAGCAGCAGUCGGAGCUGUUCCCCAAAGGCAGCAUCUCUGCUGCUGUGGAUAAGGUGAAGCGACCAGAGCAGAAGCUGAAGCCCCUGACAGCUGCCCCUUCCCAGUCCCCCCUCAGCAGCAGUAACAGCAACGGUUCCGUCGAGUACCCCCUGAAGGGCGAUGGCUCAUGGCCAUCACAAGGGAGAGACUAUUUCUGCCAUCGGAGUGUGAAUAGUACCACAGCUGAGUUCACUGAGCCACUUCCCAAAAGACUCAAACCCAGCGUGAUGACCCUAGACACAGAGCAGCAUGCUGGGUCCAACAGCAGAAGGGGCUUCGAGCUCCCCAGGUACCACAUGGUCAGGAGCAUCACCUCACUCUUACCAGAGUGUGUGUGCCCACCACCUGCACUGCCCCCCAAAGCCAGGUUCCUAAGCCCUGCGGAGGUGGAGUCACCCAGUGUGUUGACCGUGCAGAAGCCCUACAGCACCUCAGGACCUCUAUACACCUGUGGACCGGCAGGACACCCAGCAGCCAGCCCAGCACUUGAAGGAAAGAGGCCUGUAUCACACCGACACUUACCCAACAGCGUGCUGCAAAAGAGAGACUAUGAGAAUUUAAUUGGAGAUGCACAUUAUCGACCAAAUGAUAAAAAAACUUGAUUUCCUAGUUUGAAAAAAAAGGUCCUCACUGGAUGCGGUGCGUACUGUCCAUGGAAUUGAACUUUAGUUGAUCUUUUGAAAAAAUGAAAAAGUGAAAGCUACUGACAUAAGCUGUGACUGUACAUAGAGCGUGUGAGGAGCAUAGAAAGGAACACUAAAUUCUGUAAAGUUGUUCUGUUAACUUUUGUACCAAAUAGCAAUAAAAACUAGUUGGAACAGUUGGCUGUACACAGAUAGGGACUGCAAAUCUCUAUUUUGUCCCUGAACUUUUUUUUUUUUUUUAAAGAAUUGACCAAAUAAGUUCUUGCAUACUGAGCGCUGCUGAAAAUAAAUCAUUUGGGGCGGGUGGGGAAAGAAUGUAACGCUUGCACCUCAGGUAACCGUCUGUAAAUACCUGCUUGUUCGAAUACUGUGUGUAUUUCUCUCCCUAACAGCUCAAUGCUUUGAGCAGUUUCUGCUUCUUUGUGCUCUUUCAUUUAAAACGUAGGUUUUAAAGCAAAUUCUCACUGAUGAAUAUUAUGUUGAAUCCUCCGCAGUCUGUUAACGGUAGUUUUGAUGCUCUGGGAAGAUGUGCUGCAGAUCUGAGGUCAGCCACCCACGCCUGGUACCUUUAGUGCAGCUGUUACCAGUGUGUCAACAAGGAAGGCUGGGUCAUCUUCCUGGUGUGUCCAGAUUGUCCUGGAAUUACCCCCUGCCCCAUCCUUCCCUGGGGAUGCUGGGCAGCGCUUUUGAGCAAGUGUGCCCACAGAGAAGCCUUUCCUCGGUAGGACAGCUGAUGUCAGGUAGACAGCCAGGCUGCAUGGGGCGCUCCUGGGCUGUUUUCCAUACCAUUCAUCAUCUCUGUUGGAAAAUUCAGUUUCUUGGGGUGUUGCUUAAGUUAGGUCUUUUUAAGUGUGGUGAAUUUACACGUGUGAAUUACAUACCUGGAAAGCAAUUUUAAAGAGGGAAUGGAAGGUUUGGGAAAUUUUAAGUUUGUAUUUGGAGUCUUGGUGUGUCUGCUUUUUGAAGUGUGGACAUAACCCAAGUUAAUUGUGGACACCUUGAGUCUGAAUGAGGGACUGCUGCCGAGCCUCCCAGAGGCGGGAGGAGAAAAGCUGCGCACCUCAGUUGUCUCCUGAUUUUUGGUGGUUUUCCUCAAUGCAGACACAGAUGCGGUUUUAGGGAGGACAGCCAGCAGCUGGUUCAUGAGGUGUUUUAAGCUUGUUCCUUUGAUGCCUGAGCUUAUUCAGCAGUUCAUGGGUUUAGCAAACCCAAAAUCUUUUAUUAAGAAACUGUUUCAAAAUUUGCACUGCUCUUUUUUUCUUGCCUCACCCCAGUAGAACAAAGGCGAAGAGCUCAAAGAAUUUUUUU